AUGUUUUCAGAUAAUUCACAUUGCCCUGACUGUGGGCAGCAGUGGUUCCCUAGUUUAGAACUAGGCCAUUGGUUGUACCAAACUGAACUGGUUGAGAAUGAAUGUUACCAAGUCUUCUUAGACCGUAUUAACAGAGCUGAUUAUUGCCCUGAGUGUUACCCUGAUAAUCCUGCUAAUAGAAGCCUUGUUCUUCCUUGGUCUUUCCCACUUGAGUGGGCUCCUCAAAAUCUUACCAGGUGGACCUUUGAAAAAGCUUGCCACCCAUUUCUUCUGGGUCCUCCACUGGUUAGAAAAAGAAUACAUGACUCUAGAGUUGCUGGUUUUAACCCUGCAUUACAGUUAAUCCUGACAAGGACAGACAAAACCUUAAACAAAAAACUUGGCCAAAGCAAGUAA